UCAGCUCAGUGUAGAGCAGCAAUGGCAGAAGAAAGACUAUUGGCUAUCUUGGCCAGCGCAAAAAGGGCUAUGAAAAAAAUAAAUUUUCCAGCAGGAAAUGCAACUGAAGGAAUUCGGAAACAGGAAACAGAUGUGUGGCUUAUAUCUCAGGAGAUCUUUGCCCAUUUAGAGCCACAGUCCAUCAGUAUCUACAGUGGACUAUAUUCAUAUCAUGGAGGCUGGAAACUGCACGCAUCUCUCUUAGAUGCCCUUAAUCUAGAACAUCCAUCAAGUUGUCAAUCCUUUGGAAAGUUACAGGGUUUAAGACAAUUAUCAUUGGGUCAAAGUCAGUUACUGGGAGAAAAACAUACAUCAUCAAAGGAGCUGCUAACUGAAGACAGAAAGACACAGAAAACCAGCAGCAGCACAGACAGAGCUUCCCAGGAAGUUGUUGAGGAGCAAAGAUUAAGCCCAGAAUCUGAAGCACGGCCUGCAGCACCCGCAGUAUCAGAAGGUGAAGACUACACCCCAUGCUCCUCCCUCCGAACAUUUCUGAGCCAAUUUGUUUUGCCAGGGGCUGACCCAUCUUGCCCUUCCCUUAGUUGUCUGACUCGCAGUCCACAUUGUAUUGUAGCUCCCACCAUGCCCACCCUGCCUGAGGAGGAAGAAGGCAGCGAGGAUCAGGAGAGAAUGCAGAGUUCUUCAUCCAGUGUUCUGGGAUCUGAUCCCAGGAUGAGUGAGACACCAGCAAUAGUUCUCCCAGACAUCACCAGCUCUCCAGACAGGGAGUUGGAUCAAUCAUCACAGAUAAGAUCCCAUAGUCCUAUUCAGAGACGGUCCAGCAGGAACUCCAGAACCUCCUUCUCCUCAACAAGUUCCCUGACCUCUGUUGAUGGUGAUGGCCAUAUCUAUGAUCUAGUGAAUGACAAGUUACCAGAAGUGCAGCUUUCAGAUGAAGAUAAGAAGAAAAAUGCCGAACUGCUGGAUGAAGCAAAGAAGAUCAGUGAGAGAUUUCUCACACGUCGCUGCCGCCGUUCCAGAAACAGCACUUCUGACUCUCCGCCAGCACUCACUCCAUCGCGGACACCAUUAGCUUCCCCGAGCCCAUCCAGAAGUAACUCUGUGACCAUACAACCACAGAUUGAUCCGUGCGCUGCAAACUCUGUAGGAAGAACGGUUGUGACUUCAACUCAAGCAGGGGAGAAACCUCCUCCAACAUCCAACAAAGAGAAAGAAAUGAAGGUAAAAUCAAUCCAAACUUGCAAUGGUACAGAUUCUCAAGGAGUUACUGAGCUUUUGGAAGUCCCUGGCACAAGAGAACAGGACGUUCAAUUAAAUUCUGAGAAACACACCAGAAAAAUAUCUCCGACCAGAAAGACAGUGGAAGCCAGAAAGUUAUCCCCAGCACCAGUGAGUUCCCAAGUCCCUCCUUCUGCAAAGUUUUCAGAGGCAUCAAUCCAAUCGGUUUUACUGGGAACUGAUGCCUGUAGAGAAUCCAAGUCAAUGGAAAAGAGUGACUAUGUCAAAGUAAACCUCAACAUAGAUUCCAAUGUGGCAGCACAAGCUUUGGGUAGUCCCUCAAAGCUGGGAACUCCAGAGUACAAGGAAUGUCCUUUAAGGCCGUCUCAGCUUCCAGUUUCUGAAUUAGCCACUCAAAAGCCUGCCCCUGAAAACACAGAGCAGACUGUUCCUCGCUCCAGAAUGCCCUGUAGGGCUGAAAUCAAGUCGUUUAGUUCACAGCCUCUGUUGCGCGCCGUUUCCUGGGAAUGUCUGGAGGUCGAUGAGGAACUGAGCCCACCGCCACAAUCACCACCCAAGACAGAAGAGAGAUUUGGAUUCAGUGAAGUGUUUGAUGCCAGUCAACUGAAAGCAUCCAACUGCAAAGACUUAUCGGUGCAACCGAAGAUGCAGAAACUUGCCAAGCUCCGAGAGGAAAAUAAAAUGAUGAGGAACCAAAACCUGUCAGCAUUGAGAUUACCGGAUCUCAGUGAAACAAUCGAACAGGACAGAGGUCCAUCUCCUACUCCCUGCCCAGCAGCCGAAGGGAGUAAAGGCAAUUCUGACAUCACGCCAAAUAUCCCAGACUCCCUGUUGAGGAAGUUGAAGGUUCACAGAUCACUGCCUGGAGGUCUGCCUCCCCUGACUGAGAAGGAAGUUGAGAAUACAUUUAUACAGCUCUCCCUGGCUUUUAAGAAUGAUAGCUAUACGUUGGAAGCAAGGCUGGGUCUGGCAGAGAGAGAGAGAAACCUUGCUGAGGAAAAUACAGAAAAGGAACUCGAAAACUUCAAAGCAGAGAUGAAGUCCUCAACUUCACUUUGGAUACACUCUGACCAACGAGACGCUCAGCAGAGGCUCCUAGAGACCAUCACUGUCCUCCAACGGUUGGCUGUCAGACUGUCUGGUCGAGCUGAAAUGGUGGGGGCCGUUCGACAGGAGAAACGAAUGUCCAAGGCCACGGAGGUGAUGAUGCAGUACGUGGAGAACUUGAAGAGGAUGUACGAGAAGGAUCAUGCUGAGCUAACAGAAUUCAAGAAGCUGGCCAAUCAGAAUUCAAACCGUACUUAUGGCCCAUACGGAGAUAGUAGUGAUGAUGGAGUUCCCAGAACAGCCCGAUCAAUGUCCCUCACAUUGGGAAAGACUGUACCUCGCAGGAGGGUCAGUGUAGCAGUGGUUCCAAAGUUUAUUAACUUUCCAGGGCAGCCUGCCAUCGUUACCGUGGCAGAACCAAAUAGCAAUGGCGGCAGCUCCAACCCUGCGACUUCCAAUACCACCAGCCCCAGCAGCUCCAGCACCAUGAAUGUCUGCAACUCCAGUGGGAUUAACAUGUAUUCCAGUCCAACACUGGCUCCUCUCAUCGAACACGGGAAGCAAAAUGGUGAUAAGGAGAAUGAAUGUCCUACUCCAGGCAAAGUCCAACCGGUCAAGGUCGAGAUAACUAGCUCAGAGACAAAAGCCAGAAUUGAAGAGGAAGCUUACAAUAAAGGUUACCAAGAAGGUUUGAAGGCCCAACUGAGCCAGGAACAGAAGGAGUUGCAUGACAUCCCUGAGAAGGUGGAGGAGCACAACAUGGAGAAACAACCAGAACUCAACUUCAAAGAAGAAAGGAAAUGCAGUAAGUUUGAAGAAGUUUCAGAGCUGAUCGACAGACUGUGCCCAAAGUGUUUGAGACAUCGCAGUGCAGUCUGGAUUGUGGGGGCUGUGGUACUAUUCUUUGCAGUUCUCAUCAGCAUCUUCAGCUCCGCCCAUUAUCCGUGCAGUGAUCUAUCGGACACUCCAAGCAGGAAGGGCAGCUGCUCAGCGGUGCAGAAAUAUCUCUGGCCUUUCUCAGGAUCACGACACAAGAACCGGGAACAGGUGUAACAGAAAGUUUCGAUUUCUGAGGAGCGAGAGCACAAAUCAUUCCACAACCAAAUACCAGGGAGACAGCUUUCACAAGACUUCCAAAGGCAUGUGAACACAGGCAUUUAUAGAACCAUCAUUGCUUGAACCAUCCACCAACGUAAUGAUCAGCUGCUAAUUUACAACUAGGAACAGCAUAGUUUAUGUAGCCCUCUAAGAUAUUACAACUAUUUAACUGUUUUAUCCUUAAAGGCGUUUAAUCAUUUUAUUGUUUGUGUGUUUAAAUGUUGAUUAUCGGCGUAAGUAAAUAUUCAUACUUCUGAAUAAUCUUGUUACAAACUGUUUCCUAUUUUACUUCUGUGAGCUGGAAGACAAAUCAGGUGAUCUUUUUUAGCUAUUACAUUAUUUUUAUUGGCGACUUCUUACCUGAUUUUAAUUCUUUAUGAUGAAUUACCCAAAAUAGGACAGUCACAAUGCUGGUUGUGAUCAAACUAUAUUGUGCUCUAGUCAGUCCCACCUUGGAGUAUUGUGUCAUGUUCCAGUAAUGGAGACAAUGGAGCUACAUUCAUACACUGGAGGCCAAACAGAGAAGAGCCACAAAUCUAAGAUCAUCAAAGGGUCAGAAUAAUGAAAAUACUGGAAAGAAAGUUUUGGAAGGAGAGAACUGCGAGGUGAUUCUUAAACAAUUUGUUAAAAUAAAUAAAGACUGCAGCUGAAACCAGAAGAGCAGGAUAAGGGAAAGCUAGUUCAAACUAGUUAAUAAAAGGCAAGUUGAAUCAAAUAAAUGGAAAAUCCAGUUCUUUUUCCUUUGCCCAGAGAAAUGGAUGCAUGUGGAAUGAAAGCUUGAAUAGGGUUGUGGGAUGUAACGACCCAGGGAAGUUUAGGGAUAGAAGCAUCUCCAUUGAUGGAUGAAUGAAAUUGAUAGGGUCGAUCUUCAUGGACUAACAUUCAGCAAGACCUUCUACAUCCCCCAUGAUUUUGUGACCUUCACUUUUAAUGAUUAUUUCAAGAGUGAUGAGUUUCACUUGUUAAUACAUUGCAACAUAGCAUUCGAACUAUUGUGUCUGUUGACGGACCUGAAACAAUAAAAAGAAAAGGAAAAUAAGAACACAAACUGAAAUCCCCAAGGAAUCAGACCUACUCCACCAUCUCCUAUCCAGACUUACUUUUUCCUCGACUUUUAAACUGGGUGACAUGUUCACCCUGUAUUCCUCCUACUACCCUGACAUUUAGAACCAGAAUGUUAGAGCAAGCCACUGCUGUCUUCGCUGCCCAACUUUGAUCCAUCCGGAAUGAUAUCCCCAUCCUUCACCUGAGCAUUCCCAACUGGAGAUUUGGCAGAUCAGGGAGCAUUCUCCUGCCACAACUAUUGUGGAAGAUCAAUCUGUGAAGAAAGUAGUCUGGAGAAAUCCCAGCAGACAUUCCAACCCCAAACUUUGCCAUCUUUUGUGAUCAGACAAUACCAUUUCUAGAAUUAUCUCGCCUAAUUCAGGGGGAACAAAAGUAAUUUUGUACCUUUGUUGUACUGAUUCUAAAAAUCAUAAUACAAGCAAAAGAAGAGACUUAGUUGUUAGAUGAGAGGCAACAGUAUAUAAAUGCACCUUCUUAUCAUUCAUUCAUUUGAUGUGAGAGUUGCUGGCCAAGCCAGCAUUUAAUCCCACUGACAACGUGGUGCUGAAAUGUCUUUUUGAACCACUACAGUCCAUGUGGUGUAAGGACACAUAAAUGCUGUUAGGAAAGGUGUUCAAGAAAUUUGACCCAGUGACAGGGAAAGAAUGGUGAUAUAUUUUCAAAUCAGAGUGGAUGCCUUGCAGAAAAACUUGCAGGUGGUCAUGUUCUCAUUCAUUUGGUGCAGGGUGUGAGAUGUUGUGGGUUUAGAAGGUGCUGCAAAGAAGCCCUUUAUGAUCUGCAAAAUUGCUUCUCGUAAAUGGUACGCACUGCUGCCACUGAGUGCUAAUGAUGGAGGGACUGAGUGUUUGAGGUGGUGGAUGGACUCCUAGUCAAGUGGGCUGAUUUUAUCCCUGGUUGACGUGAAAUCCCCUGAGUGUUGAUUCCCUGAGCUGUACUAAUUCAGGGAAGCAGAGAAUAUUCUGUCACUCUCCUUAGUUGUGCCUUGUGAGUAAUGGACAGGCUUGGAGAAGUCAGGAAGUGAGUUACUUGCUGCAGAAUUACCAUCCAUUGAUUUGCUUUUGUAGUCACAAUAUUUAGGUGGCUCGUCCAGUUAAAUAUAUUGGUACAUUUUAUACAUGUUCUCAGCUGUCCUGGCUUUAAUUAAUGGAAAACUUAAAUAAUAAAUACUUAAAAUUGUGUUGAAUUUUACUCAAAAAUUGAAAAUGCCAAAUUAACAAUUGUGUGCAGUUACUGCAAUGGUAAUGCCCUCAUUCUAAGAUGAUAAGAUCAUUCUUAAAUUUAAUAGGCCCGUUGUAAAGUGCAAUAUUUCUGAAUAAUUCCAUUGAUUAGGCAGGGUUCCUCCACCAAAGCACUGAGAACACUUGAAAGUAACUCAAUAAUAUUCAUCCUUCAUGUCUGAAUGUUUGCAUAUUAUAUCAAGACCCAUGUAAAGUUUUGCACGUUAAAGCUAACACAUUGUACUGUAUAGUCCCACAUACUUGAUUUUGUUAAAAUAAAGUUUACCUAAAAUGUUUCUGUGUAACUUGUUUGACAAGAGAUUUUUUUUCCAAUUAGAACCUUAAAGAUUUAUAACAGUAGGAAACUGUUAGCUCAUUGCAUUUGUACCAAUUCUUUGCGACAUCAACAUGAAACUGAAUCACUUAGCUAACUAGUUAGUGGUUUGUACAAACUAAUCCUACUGUCCUGCUCUCUCCUCAAGAGCUUUACAUCAAUCCAAAACUAAUUCUACUGAACCACGCUCUCCUUAUAGCACUAAAUCAACCCAAAACUAACUAUGAUACCCUGCUGUCUUCCCAUAGCUCUGUAUGGAUCUCAAAUAGUCCCAGUCUCUUCCUGUCACCCUCUUUCAAUUGCAUGCCAAUGCUACCACUCCAUCUCUAUGGUUUUAUGUGCUCUUUUUCUUAAAUAACUAUCCUGGUUAUUGGUAUUACUAUCAUUGGUAUUUGCCUCAAACUUCUGCCUUGGCAAAAUGUUCUGUACUCUCACAGCCGUCUAAGUAAUAACAUUUCACGAAGCUCUAUCCUUUGUCUUUAAAUAACAACUUUAAACUGAUGAUUCCCUUGGCACUGAAUUCCCAACGGGAGGAAACCAUCUUUCCUUGUACCCAAUCUGAAAGUAAGUCCAGCUUGUCCUCGUACAUCUGAAACAAAAUCUCGCUAAAUCAACCAUUGCUCAGUAAUGUGACAUCCAAAACUGCACGUAGUUUCUAAUUGUGGCUUAGUGGUUUGUACAAAGUUAACCAUUACAUCUUCAAUCUUAAUGUUCUAUGUCCUCAAUUGUAAAACCACAUUUUCUAGUGAUUUUUCUAUGAAAGAUAAUUUAUAUGCAGUCAUUGGAUGCAGGCGUCACUUGCCAGCUCAGAUUUAUUGCCCAUCACUGUUUACCCUGGAGAAGGUAGUAGUGAGUAACCUGGAAAUGCUGCAGUCUUAGGGUUUAGGGACAGUCGCAGAGCUGUUAGGAAGGUAAUUCUGGGAUUUUGACCCCAUAACACUGAAAGAACAGCAAUGUAGUUCCAAGUCAAAAUGGUGCAUGGUUUGAAGGAAAGUGAUGGUUUUCCUUUGUAUUGUCUGUCCUUGUCCUCUAGGUGGUGGAGUUUGUGGGUUUGGAAGGUGCUGUCAAAGUAGCAUUGGUGAGUUACUGCAGUGCAUGUUGUAGAUGGUACACACUACUGUGACUGUGUUACAGGGGUGAAGAGAUUGAAUGUUUACAAUCAUGGAUAGAGUCCUAAUUAAGCAGGCGACUUUGUCCUGAGUAGACUUGAGCUUCUUAUAUGUUCAUGGAGCUAUAUCAAUCCAGACAAGUAAGGUGUAGUCCAUCACACUUCUGACUUGUGCCUUGUAGUUGAGGGAGAGGCAUUGAAGAGACAGGAAGUGAAUUACACACCACAGAAUUCCUAGUGUCUGACCUGCUCCUAUGGCCACAAAAUUUGUACGGCUAGUUCAGUUCAGUUUCUAGUCAACAACAACCCCAGGAUAUUGAUAGUGGAGAAUUCAGUGACGGUGAUGCCAUGGUGCAUUUCUUGUCCAAAAUGCAUUACAGCCAAACAAGUAAAUUUGAAGCAUAUUUUAGUGUGGGAAAUGUGGCAGCCAAAGCUUGCAAAAAAAAUCAUGUUGAUAGUUUGUAUAACAUAUUGUUCCAAUCAAGUGAGGAGGAGUAAAUUGGUUCCCCUCUUUUCAGUCUCCUCCAUUGGCAAAAGCAAAGAUUUAUAUUCUUUUUUUGCACAAAGCUUACCAUUUUCAAUUAGAAUGUAGUUAAUAAGUGCUGUAGAAACAAAAAAGCUCCAAUUAGAAGGUCUCGUUGAGUGAAAGAACGAGUAAUUUAUCGGGCUAACCCUGAAAAAUAAAAUCAAAGCACAAAUACGCACCUGUACAAAGUUAAAGAGGGAUUGUGUCCAGUACAAAACAGAAAUAAAAGAAAGCACAGUUUAAAAUCCUUAGGGUGUGAAAGGUUUUAACCUGGGAUCAAAUUUAUUUAAUUGAAGACCUGUGUCCCCAGCAGUGGUGAAUAACUUUUAAAUUUUUCUUACCCUGAUGUUUCCUUUCAGUCAACUCAGUAACCAGGCAUUUUACAUUCUUCAGAGGCUGACAGAUCACUUUCUUUAUGUGCUUCCAGCUGCAAAUGCAUCUCCCGUCCUCUGCCAAAAGCCGCUCCUUGAAAUACAGCUGCCUUGAAUAUUCCAAUCACUGUUUCCAAGUUUAAUAAUUGUAAUAGCGUCUUUCACCUCUAAUAUGUAAAUUUAACAUAAAUAGGAGAUGGGAAUUUCUUCAUGCCUAACUGGUUCAAAAUAUCAGACAAUUUUGUACAUUCCACGUUGAUUUCAUGACUUGCAGCUAACCUGUGUGGUAAAUUGAUUGUUGUGGCUAUUUUGAGUCAGGAUUUUUGUUCCUUUUUGAAACUAUAACUGUCCCAGGUAUUAAAAUCAGAUAAUGGAAUUUGAAAAUGAAUUGGCAAUUUUUAUCUCUAUUGUUAUAGUUUCCAUACAAAUGUGAAGAUUUGCACUUUUUAAGCUAAAGCAUUAUGUGGUAUAAUGCCGUAUCGUUGAUUUUGUUAAAAUAAAA